UUGUAAUGCUCUGUAGCCUUAUGCAGUAUUGGAAUGAUACUUAUACAUUUGAGUAAAUUAAAUCACACCAACAAGUCAAACCAAUAAGCUUGUUUAACAUUAUAAAACGAAACUAGAUUUACCUGUAGAGCAGCUCUAUAGGUUAAAAAUAUAUAAAACUACACAAAAAAAUAGCCUACUGAUUUAGUGCAGUAUAAGCAAGCCUUAAAUUUCUUGGCUGUUUUUUAAAAUAAUGGGCGAUUUGGAUGAAUCGGGCAUUUUUGAUGCCAGUUUGUCUAUGUGGAAAGGACUAAAGCAAAAUAAAGAUGGCACCUUCAGCUACGAAGACGAAGAAUUUGAUCCGAUACCUCUCGAUAUAUUUACUGCAGCUUCACUUGGAGAGAGUGAGAUUGUACAAGAAAUAUUGGACAGAAAAGCCGCACGUCUCAAUUCUGUGAAUAGGCUUGGUUGGUCUGCGUUGAUGUAUGCGUCAUAUAUGGGACAUGAAAACACAGUGCACUGCUUACUUGAUAACUCUGCUGAUCCAAACCAACGUACACCGCAAGGGUAUUCUUCCAUUAUCCUGGCAUCUAUGUGCGGAAAUGAACAUUGUAUUCAUGUUUUAAUACAGCAAGGUGGAGAUAUAAAUGCAGUCGACAAACGUGGUUGGUCUGCUUUGUUACAUUCAGCAAGUGCGGGCCAUCAACAAACCACUGAAUUUCUCAUUAAAUGUGGCGCCAACUGUGAGAUUAUGGAGCCAAAACAUGGCUUGACGCCAUUAAUGGAAGCCGCGGCAUCAGGUCACGAAAUUAUUGUACAGCAAUUAUUACAAAAAGGGGUAGAUGUGUCCCGUGUAAAUCACCAAGGAGAAAAUGCCUGGACGCUCGCGCUUGCCUACGACCACCGAAAAAUCGCCAGCAUGAUUGAACAACAUAAGAUACAUAGGAGACCAAAGAAUAACAAUUUACCAGGAUACGUUAACCACAAAAAUGGAAAAUCGUCAAAAGACAAUAACUGUGGACAAUCUGGUCCACGAAUCCACGCUGGGCCGAAAGCUUUUGCGCAAAUGACGGGGUUAGGGGCAGACGGAAAACCUCACCCCCACUCCACAGUACCCCACUUUUUACAAGACAAUCCUCCACACUUAAAUGAGGAUACACGACAACCACCAUGGGAGGGCCCUAAGGAUCUUGAGUCCUUGUUGCACGACAUUGGAUGCAGCAAACAUCUUCCUAUCUUCCAGAAACAGGACAUCGAUCUUCGGAUCUUCCUCUCUCUUACUGAGGAAGAUUUAAAAGAAAUCGGAAUCACGUUAUUUGGUCCACGUCGGCGAAUGGUUUCUUGCAUCGCACGAUUAACGAGUGGUAUACAAGUCCAUUUAGACAGAAUAGAGUCCGCUUAUGCUGAUGCGUUAAAUGCUAAACAACAAAGGCUGCAAGUAAAGUUGAAAGAGAACCAAGAAGAGAAAGAAGAAUUAAAAUCACAAGUUGCACAAGAACGCGAGUUGCGUAAAGUCACUGAGAGUGUUUUGAUGGAACAUAAAGAAAUGUGGUCGUCGUUGUUGAGGCUCGCUGAAAAAUCUUCAAAUUCCUAUCUGAGGAUUGCGCAAGCGUUAGAUCAUGCAAGAAUGCAGUUUCAUCACUCAGAAAAAUCUCACCAAAAUCGAAAACCAAACAGCCAAAGACAGAUCCAAGAUAAUAAAGCUGAUGUAUCAAAGUCCUUACAUGAGGUGGAGACUUCAUUUCACCAUGCAAGGGAGUACAUGAUGAAGAUGCAGAGCAUCCUCCAAAGAUCAUCUUCCAAUCGGCCCCAGAACUUCAACGCAGAGAGAAAAGACCGGGGAUGAAAUAAAGAAAAAAAAUUAAAAAUUUGUAACCUCUUUGCGGAAAAAAAUUUUCCAUUUAAUUUUUUAAAUGAAGCUACCAUUUUUGCUUUGGCCACGGUUGUAGCUUUUAACAUAGAUUUCUCGAAAAAAAA